GUCUGUUGUCACAUCUUCAGGCCCUCACUCGAGUGCAUUGAGUGCGUAUGCGUGCCUUGCCGGGGAACAUACAACUUGCUUAUAUUUACGCCACAUGAGAACGCCUGGAGCAUGUGACAACAACUUCUAAAUUCUGUGUGCCUGAGGCUCUUGUUCUUUACACAUUUCCCCGUCUGUUCUGCGCUUCCUCAAGGCAUCAGACUGAUGGCGUCCUUCUCUGGAGAUGCAGAUGGGAGCACUGAGGACGUUCCAGGACGUAAAAAGUCCAAGCUCAAGUCCCUGAAAACUCGCCUCUUCGGGAGGGGUAAGAGAGGAACUGCGAAGAAAAUACCCAAACUCAGCCAGUCGGAGAGUGACAUCACGCCAGGGAAGGAUCUCGGAUCGGAGGAAGAUUUGGUAUGUUCUCAGGGGAUGAUGUCAUCGCGGGCGCUUUCCCACGACAGCAUCUUUCUGGAUGAUGAGGUCCUGAAAGAAGCUGAACAAACCAGGGCCUCGUCCCAGGAGAAUGUUCAGGGCCGAAUCAAAGCUCUGCAGAUGAAGCUUCAGCAGCAGAAGAUGCAUUUGGGUCCGCCGCCUCUGGUUCUGCCAGUAAGACGACCAGAAGAUUCAGAAAUUCGCUCAGAUGACGACAAUCUCUCGAGCAGCCCCCCUGAGAUCUCAACUACAUCCCCCCAAUCUUCUCAACCACUCUCACCAAUUCCUAAACCUUCCCCGACCAAAUAUCUGCUCCCAACUUCUUCCCAUCCUUUGCCUGUGUCUGGUUCUUCCAACCCUUCGGCUGAUGAGUCCCCAUCAGACUUCAGCGCUCCAGCCCAGUUAACCCCCCGCCUGGACACCUCUGCUGCACGCCACCGAAUGUCUGUCAAACCCAGAAAGCAGCGGGCAGGCUCCAAGAAGAAAACUGGAGAUGCCGACACUGACUUUAGCUCAAAUGCAGACACCCUGAACAACAUCGACCACACGGACUCAGAUAGCGAUAAAGAGCAGCAGCCUUGUGCCCAGGAGGAAGUAACAUUGGAAACAACACAAGGAGAGACUAUCAGUCCGAUUACAUCCCAAGUUGUGCCUCCAAAAUUCCCAGAAGUGGCACCAAUCACAUCAGAGGUAGAAACCAAAUCGAUGAGCUUAACGUCUUCCCAACAGGACCAAACCCUCCCUGAGGCAGAACCCUCUGCACCCCCACAGGUACUUAGAGUUAAGAGUCACAGAACUGGGAAUGCACUGUCCAUUGAAAGGCCACACUCAUGCCUUUUACCAUCAGAGGUGAAGGACAGAAGAGAUGGAGGUUUUGAGAUUGAAGUAAUGUGCCAUGACAAGAGAAAUACAGGUACUGGCGCGUUCCCCUCUACCGCCGGCCAAGAGGUGGUGUCAAGAUCCUCUUCUGUUCACCAGCAGAAUGAAGGUGAGACAGAAAGCACACCGGCAAUAAAAAGACCAACCCAGGGAUCCGGGUCCUUCCAUUUUGCUCUCGGCACUGCCAAAAACAGAGAUGGAGAAAGACCCCGAUCGGGCAGUUUUGCGGGAGUGCUUGAAAAGACCGAGGGCAGGCACAGAUAUGAAAAGAAACCCAUUGCAGGUGUGAAGGAAAGGGAGGAACUUAGAGAUAUACAGGCAAGAGGGAUGAACUCUGCUAUGGGAAGACUGAGACAGGACGGAGCUCCGCAGAAAAGUUCAAGUCUUCCAUGGGACAGGAAGGAGAGUCUCAAAAAGGUGGAAUUGGUGCCGCCAUCUACGAGUUCAGCCGCAGACACCGCCGCCGUCAAGGGGGAGGACGCGAAAGAGGAAGUAGAGAAGCAGGAGUUCCAGGAGGACGAAGGAAAGACGGCAUUUGGCGUCAAGCUGCGCACCACGUCUCAGCUGGGGAGACUCCGGUCUGAAUCGUCUUCUGACAAAAUGUCAAAGGCGCCGGUGUGCGAGGAGCAAUGCAACAAACAAAAAGUACUGGAGAUGAGCAAUAACACCACCAACAAGUCGAUAAAAAUGUCAACGGACAUCUCUACUACCCCAGUCAUCUCUGGAGACCUACGACUGGCAGGUCCGACCCCAUCUGGUCUCUCCUCCCCAGUUAAAAAAACCCCUCCACCGUACGACCAUCCUCACAUAACGUCAACAGAAGUUCACACCGCCUCCACCAAAGUGGAAACCUCAAGUAUCAUCCCCAAAAAAGUUGAAACUGUCCCUCCAGCGCCUCAGGAGCCCCCGCCGACCCCACAGUCAACCUCGUCUGAGGUGUCCUGGAUGACUCUGGCUAUGGCGAAGACCAAAAGUAUCCAGCAGCUUUUUAAUAGAUUUCCAAGGGAUUUCACAGGCGCAGCGACUCAACCACAAGCACAACCACAAGCGCAGCCAACGUCUCCAGCGCCGACUCCGGCUGCGGUGCCGAUACAGACACAGACUGUGAAAAUGCAACAGAGCACAACACCACCGGAGGCAGCAAAACAGCCGUCAAUUGAUGCAAUCGGGGCAGAGGCGGCGCAAAGUGAAGCACAUGUUGUCAAACCGUCACUGGUGGCCACACAGCAGAAGACCUCCAUGGCGUCUCCUGUUAAAUUGGCCGCUUCUAGAGAACCACAAGCAUCCAAACAAACCAGUCAACAACCCCAGACACACAGGAGUACAACUCCGUCUGCAGCUGUGAAGAUAAACACACAGACGACCCAAUCACCCCUGCACUCUGCUACAAAAACCCAGACCACAUCUCAGUUUGCAGCACAAGGGAGCACCACACAGUCUCUUGCACAAUUCUACCUUAACUCGGGCCAGCAGCAACAGCAGCAGCCCCCCUGGAGCAACCAGCUCAACUCCGCGUCUCCAGCUCUAACAUUGGUUUCCACACCCUGUCCAGCAACAUCUCCUCCAGAUUCUGCAUCGGGAGGAGGAGAAAGAGAAACUGCCGUGCAGGACAAAGAGGUCGCACCCCUGUCAGUAAGCGAGAGGGCUGCUUUUUUGGAGAAACGGGCGGAGCGGAUAACCUCACCAUCAACCAAGGGGGUUGAGUUGAGGAAAAGUCAAACAGAGCCGACCUCAGGUGAAGCACCAGCUUCAGCCAAACCGGCACCUCUGAUCAAAGACGUUAAAGCGGAGGGGAAACAAUGGGUCAAACCAGCAGAGUUGAGUCCCACCAAAAUUCCAGACAAACCUUGUGAUGAGAAAUGGCUGCGGAAGAAUGUGUUGUCAUCUCCGGCGCGCUCAAUGUCACCGACGCUGCCAUCAUCAUUACAGUCCGUAUCUGACAGCCGACAGCCGUCCUGGAUGGAACUGGCAAAGAGAAAGUCAAUGGCCUGGAGUGACAAAUCCAUGGAUUGAGAGGAGGAACAGACAGUUAUACAAAAUGCCCUUCAGACAAAAAGUAAUGUUAAAUUUUAGUUGAGUUCAGCAGAAUUGUGUUGAUUCAACUUUCUAAGUUUGCCUACUGAAUCUUAUUUAAUUUUAAAGUGUUAAUAUAAUAUUCAGAGAGAAAGUGUAUAUUGAAAAAGUUAAUUAUAGUCAGUCUGAACCAUAAAUACUAUCAAUGGUAUUUCUGAAUAAAGUUUUAUGUGAUUCAGCAUGUCACUGCUGUUAAUAGUGACAUUAAAUAAAAACAAUUUAAGGUAA